CCUGGAUGACACAGCAAGGCCCCAAGCCACCACGAUCGCCAGCCCUUAUCUCGUAUCAAUUCCAAGGUUGCCACUCUAACUGCCCCUUCACGACUUUCACCAUGUCUGCAGCAGCCAACACCAAAACUGUUCGUGUGGAAGUGCAUCACCCUUCCUACGCAAGCAGCGACAACAACGGUCAUCAUGGGCAUAGUCACUCUCAUGAUCAUACGCAUGAACACGGUCACACACACGAGCAUCUUGACUCUCCGGGACGCUACGAGGAGAGAGAACAGCCCCUGUACGGCGUUAGAAACUGGACAGAGAGAGCGUUCACAGUUGGAAUUGGAGGACCUGUAGGGAGCGGAAAGACUGCACUAAUGCUUGCCCUUUGUCAAGCUCUCCAUACCAAACGGUCCAUAGCGGCCGUGACCAAUGAUAUUUUCACGCGAGAGGAUGCGGAAUUCCUUAUUCGGCACCAAGCACUCCCAGAUCCUGCGCGCAUCCGCGCUAUUGAAACAGGCGGGUGCCCUCACGCCGCGAUUCGAGAAGACAUCUCUGCCAAUUUGGAGGCGUUGGAACAGUUGCAGGCAGAAUUUGGAACGGAAGUAUUGUUAGUCGAGAGCGGGGGCGACAAUUUGGCUGCGAAUUACUCACGCGAGCUGGCGGACUAUAUCAUAUAUGUGAUCGAUGUGUCCGGUGGGGACAAAAUCCCGCGUAAGGGUGGUCCCGGCAUUACUCAAUCUGAUCUACUCGUUGUGAAUAAGACGGAUAUUGCCGCCUUCAUUGGUGCAGAUCUUGAAGUGAUGCGUCGUGAUGCAGAUCGGAUGCGUGAUGGUGGCCCGACUAUUUUCGCCCAAGUGAAGAAUGGUGUGGGCGUUGAUGAGAUAGUCAACAGAAUUUUGGAGGCAGCCAAGAAAGCAGGGGCUAUUCAUUAAUGUAAAUCACAGAUAGACGUAUGGAUAGAGGUAUUAUUAGCAUCUAAAAGUUCAUGAUGAACCUUGUAGAAGGUGGUAAUUGAUUGCACAGCCACGCAAUGGGUUAGGGUUCCUGAAUUCGCUGUUCUUUCUCAGAUCCCUUCC